AUGGCGUAUAAAAAAUCAUCGUAUUUGACCAACGUGGCACGUCAUUUGAAAAGACAUAGAAAAUAUUUCGAUGAAUAUAAUAAUAAAAAAUUAGAAUUGAAAACGUCCAGGAUGAAAUGUUAUUAUAAUAAUUUCAUUAUGCCUCCUCCUCCUCCUUCUUAUUCUUCUCACGCUACCUACGGAGAUGGUGGUUUUUGGCCGGAUAAUUUUUACGUAUUAAAACAAUUGAGAAUGUUGAGAGAUGGUAGAGAGGAACCGGAAAAGGCAUUUGCUUGUUUCAAAUGCGGAAAUCGUUACGUACGUAAACACGCGCUUAAAUCCCAUUUGAGAUGGGAAUGUGGUAUGCCACCACAAUUUCAAUGCACAUAUUGCGGAUACCAGUGUAAGCUUAAACAUCAUUUAAAAUCUCACAUAUCGAGAAUGCAUAACGUUGACCUUUGCAAAUAA